GUGUGUCGAAAUGAGCAAGUUUUGAUGGCCGCUGGUGGUGGCUGGCCGCUGCGUGCAGUUUCUCGUAUCCGUGUCCGUGUGUCCCCGAGGGAACCCCGAUUCGGGUUGCGUCGAAAACGGCGUGAAAAGAUUUCACGAGCGUUUAGUUAAUAUUCGCUACUGCUGCUACUGCGGUGCUAGUGUGUCGCGUGCAUCAUCUCCAACUCCAACUUGAGCAAGUCAACGCGAUAAGCCCCGAAGAGAGCGGAGUGUGUGUAAUAAAUUAAAAUUAAAAAAAAACCAAAAGGAAACGGUGACCCCCGAUCCCGGGGCCGUUUGAGAAGAGUGUUCAAAGCUCGACAAAAAGAACUGGUGAAAAGCAUAAAACGCGAUCGACCGGAAAGAAGAGCAGUGACGGUCACCACCGGAGGUGGUGAUUCCCCACCCAGGGAAGAUGGGUUACGAUCUGACGCGCUUCCAGGGUGACGUGGACGAGGAGCUGAUCUGUCCGAUCUGCUCCGGAGUGCUCGAGGAGCCACUGCAGGCGGUAGCAUGUGAGCACGCGUUCUGUCGAGCCUGCAUCACAGAGUGGCUAUCGCGGCAGCCGACCUGCCCGGUGGACCGGAAUCCCAUCACCAACAGUAAUCUCCGAGCGGUGCCAAGAAUUCUGCGCAAUCUCCUGUCGCGACUCAACAUUAGCUGCGAGAAUGCCAUGUACGGGUGUACGCUGGUGCUCAAGCUGGACACGUUGGCCACCCACAUCGAAGAGUGCGAACACAACCCGAAGCGGCCACUGCCGUGCGAGAAGGGCUGCGGCUUCGUGAUUCCGAAGGACGAGUACAAGGACCACAACUGCUUCCGGGAGCUGCGUUCGCUGGUGCACAACCAGCAGCAGAAGAUGAGCGAGCUGAAGAACGAAAUCAACGAUCAAAACCUGGUGAUAAACGAGCUGAAGCGGGAACUGAACCUGGUGAAGGAUUUUAUGAGGGCGAUGCGCGUGUCGAAUCCCGCGAUGCGAGCUAUCGCCGAUCAGAUGGAGCGGGACGAAGUGACCAGAUGGAGCAAUGGACUGGCGAGGGCACGAGUCACUCGGUGGGGUGGAAUGAUCUCAACUCCCGAUGACGCGCUGCAGCUGAUGAUCAAACGAGCACUCUCCGAAUCCGGCUGCCCGCCUCACAUUCUCGACGACCUGAUGGAGAACUGCCACGAGCGGCGGUGGCCCCGCGGUCUGAGCUCACUAGAAACCCGCCAAAAUAAUCGCCGGAUAUACGAGAACUACGUCUGCCGGCGAAUUCCAGGAAAACAAGCCGUACUGGUGUUACACUGCGACAACACGCACAUGUCCGAGGACGUUAUGGUCGAGCCGGGGCUGGUCAUGAUAUUUGCUCAUGGAAUAGAAUAAUUACGUACUACAACUGCACCACAAACAAACGCCACUCCAAUUGCUACUAAUCCUGAAGCUCACUAAGCUCUAUACGUUCGAAUCGAGAAAAAAAAAAUCACACCUUGAAGGCGCAUUUAUCAAGGCUGACAAAAUCAGGAUCCGUUUGCCACCACCACCACCGCCGUAGCCAGUUUGUGACCACACGAUGGGUGCCAUUUUGAGAAGCACAAUAAAACUGUUUGACGAAAUUUUAUGCACAAUAGUGUGAGAACUAACAAGAGCGAGGACUGAGUGCCGGAAUAUCAGCGCGGGAAAAAAGAAACUCUUGCCAAUAUCUACACCUUAAAACACAAAACAGAAACAUUGAUACACUUUUAUGAGGAACCACAAAGAAUAGACGUACGUUUGUUUUCGCUGCAAUCUUCGCCGUAGCCUUCAAAAAGUUUCUUUCUUAAAUACACCUACUUUCUCCUGAUAGUCUAACUCGAAUCAUAUCAGACAAACAACACAAAAAUUGUGUAAAAAAAAUAUGUCGAAUGUAAUGGAUUUGUACAUGAUCUCUGGAUUUGGAUUUGGAAUCCCUAUCGCUGCUGUGUUUAUUUUUUUUGGGUUUGGCUUUUCUCUCAUCGUGGGAUGGAAAAAAAAUCGUCGACGUGGAAAAGCAGAGCAAACCUUUUUUUUUUUGCUAGUGAUGAUUGCGAAGCUAUGAUUUACUUUUUUUUGUUUUUUGUUAGGACACAAGUCGGCUGAAAUUGGGCAAUCGGGAAGAGGAAAGAUCUGUGCUUACCAAGGACGAUCGGAAAAAUCGUGAGGGCGACAGGACAAUUUCAGCUGAUCUUUAUAAAUUGAAUAGGAAACGUUGCAUUGAUAAUUUUAAUUUAGAACUAGCUACUGUGCUUAUGUAUUCUAAGAAGGAUAAAUAAAGAAAAUUAAU